AUGUCUGAAGAAAACUGUACCACAGUGGUCACAGAGUUUGUGUUUGUGGGGUUGACCAGCAAUCCUAGACUCCAGAUCAUCUUCUUCUUGGUGCUCCUGGCUAUUUAUAUGGCCACCCUGGUUGAAAAUCUAGGCAUGAUUGCCUUAAUAAGGGCCAGUCCCCGGCUCCAUACUCCAAUGUACUUCUUUCUCGGUGGCCUGUCUUUCCUGGAUGUGUGCUUUUCUUCUGUGUUCACUCCCAAGGCAUUAGCAAACCUUCUAGCAGAUAAGAAGUCCAUUUCCGUGAUGGGAUGUGCAUUUCAAAUGUAUUGCUCGAUAGCUCUGGGGAGUGCAGAGUGCCUGCUUCUGGCUGCAAUGGCCUAUGAUCGCUACGUGGCUGUCUGCAAGCCGCUGCUCUACCCAGUCCUCAUGUCCCCCAGAGUCUGUAUUCUGUUGGUGUGGGGGUCCUACACUCUUGGGCUUUUGCACUCCGUUGUUCAAACUGUCUUCACCUUCAGAAUAUCCUACUGCAAGACCAACGUGAUCAACCAUUUUUUCUGUGACAUCACUGCUGUUUUAGCAAUCUCCUCCUCUGAUAUCUAUGUCAAUGAACUCCUGAUGUUUUAUGAGGCUGGUCUUAUAGAACUAUUCACCAUCCUGAGUGUCGUGGUCUCCUACGUGUAUAUUCUCACCAACAUUGUGUUGAAGAUCCACUCAGCUGCAGGCAGACUCAAAGGCUUCUCCACCUGCACCUCACACCUGACUGUGGGCACAAUCUUUCAUGGGGCAAUUCUCAUUUUGCAUCUCCAGCCAACAGCUGGCAACGAACCGGCCUUUGAACAUGUGAGUGAUAAAGCUCUUGCUGUGUUCUAUACGAUUGUCAUCCCUGUGCUGAACCCUCUGAUCUACACCCUGAGAAACAAGGAGGUGAAGGACGCCUUUCUGCAAGUGUUUCUGAAGCAGUUCUGUGUUCUGCCAGUGGCAGCAUUUCUUUUCUUGGGAUCCAGAGACAAUAAGCGCACUCAUGGGGAAAGUUAA